CGGCGUCGGCGAGAUCCGAGUGCGUCGUCGACGUCGCGUCUAAGGUGGAGCGUCCGGGCAGCACGACGACGCUCAACUUCACGGACCUGGGGAGCCCAUUCGGGGCGGGCGACCCCUGUCCGUCGAGCACCCCGACCCCCAACAGCAUGUCCGGCGGGCCCUCCGCCGGCGGCGGGGGCGCCGCCGGCGCCGGCUCCGACAUGGACCAGCACCUCCACCACGCCGGGCUCGGGUCCGUCACCCCCGGCCCGCCCGGGGCCAAUGGCGGCGCCGAGAGCGCCUCCAGCACCCCCGUCAGCCAGUCCGGCAAGUCGGCCUUCAUCGAGCUCCAGCACAACAACCUCUACAACCCCGCCAGCCUCCGGGGAGGGUACCCCGGGGGCCACAACGUCCCCGGCGCCCACCAGUUCCCGCACCAGGUCGGCUCCCUCGGACACCAGGGCUCCGCUCCUGGCGGCGGCAACCAGCAGCACGCCGACGCCGGGUUCCCCAGCCCCAGGUCCGCCCUCGGCUACCCCUUCGCUCCUAUGCACCAGCACAACGCCUAUGGGUACCACCUUGGGUCCUACGCCCCCCAGUGCCCCUCGCCGCCCAAGGACGGUGAGUACCCCAACUACCUCUCGCCGUUGGGCGACAAAAGCGGGAGCCUCGUCGACGAGCUGGGCGGCGGUGGCGGCGGUUCCCUCAGGAACGGGAAGGGCAAGAAGAUGAGGAAGCCCAGGACGAUCUACAGCAGUUUGCAGCUCCAGCAGCUCAACAGGCGGUUUCAGAGGACGCAGUACCUCGCGUUGCCGGAGAGAGCCGAGUUGGCGGCGAGUUUGGGCCUCACGCAGACUCAGGUGAAAAUCUGGUUCCAAAACAGGAGAAGCAAGUACAAGAAGAUGAUGAAGGCGGCGCAGCAGGGUGGAGGAGGUGGCGGUGGCCAACACGGAAGUCUUCUCGCAGGUGGAACCGCGCUACCUGGGGGACCUUCCCCACAGCCUGGCCAACCUGGGGGACUCAUGCAGGGUGGAGGCGGAAGUUCGGUGUCGGGGAGUCCGACGACGGGGUACCUCGGGGGCAUGGGGGGUGGGGGAGGCGGUCACACCCCCGGAAGCUCCAGCCCCGGAAGCGAGAUGUCACCUCAGCACAACGAGAGCCCCCCUGCGCCAUCUUGGCCCGGGGAGAUGAAACACCACCCCCACCCCCACGCACCACCCCACACCCACCACCACCCACACACGCCCGGGCAUCAUCCCCCGCCGCCUCCACCCCCGCCUCACCACGCGGGAUACAUGCCACAGUAUUCCUGGUAUCAGGCGGAUCCGAAUCCAGGAUUACUGACGGUAUGGCCGGCGGUUUAACGAAAACGUUGCGAACUGGAGCCUAUCCCAAGGGAAGAUCCUCUUCGCAGCCAGGAAGACGUCGCCUUGCUCCCCAGGCCGCCCUGCCCAAAGUGUGAAUACGUAGCCACGUCAGACCGUAAUGUUAAUAUCGUCUAAUUAUCUAAAGAGAAUCGUAAUUGUCGCUUCUAAGCUGCGCGGGGCCGUCCGUCGAAGUGAGAUGAAUGCGUGCGCAAGAGAUGCACCCUCGUAUGCAAGCGACCUGGCCACUCGUUUUUUCCUGUCAGUCCUGCAGGAAACUAAUGCGUAUGCCCUACAAGGCGAGAUUACCGAAUAGCAGUCGAUAAGGACCCCGAAAAAGCGAGCGACAGUGCAUCGGAACUCAAAAGAUAACCCCACCUAGAAUGUAAUUGCAGGUAACUCUGAUAAUGAAAUCGGCGAUUGUACGUGGGAAUCCCUUAGGGGGUAGGUGAGGAGAAUAAAUCGAGGAAUGGGUGGAGAAAAUUGCUCUCAAGGUUUAAUCGAGUCGCGAGGAUCCCACGAAAAUAGGGAUUAUCGAAAGAUAAUUAAAGUCGCUCGGGAUUUCGCGACGCCAUUUUUGGGUAGCGGGAAAAAUUGCACGAAAUAGGAUUUGGAUAUUUUAAUUCGGUAAAAGAAAUAGGUGGUACGUAGAUUUUCGCCUCGCCUUUCGAUAUGGACGAUGACACCUGUCGGAUGCACGGAAGAAGAAAUGGAAAGGGGGAGGAAAAAAGGGGGAGGUCGAGGAGAGCAAAAACGCGAGGGAGAAAGAAAACCGACGCGUUUCGCAACGGAGGCGCAGUCGUCUCUUUACGGCGGUUUUUAGGCCUAAUGAAAUCCUAAAUGACGUUUUCGCGGGGCAAACGAGGCAAUCUCGGAUGACGACGCAAUCAGGCCCUCCUUUCCGGAUGGCGCAACGCAUCGGGUAAUUCCCCGAAACGGGGAGGGGGAGGUAAUGGGAAUUAAAUAAAAAUCAUGAGAAAGUCACAUGCCGAAAAUGUCCCCUAGAGGCAUGACGUUCCCACGUCCCCCAGAAGCCUCGGCCUCGUUUGGCUCCGAUUUUCCCAGGAAGUCCUCGAGGAUAGGGUACCUCCUAAAAAGAGGAUUUUCCUAACCUCGAGAUCUAAUUAAACUAGAUAAAAUUCCCUAUCAAAUUGGGAGGUCCAAGGGAGAUCCUCUGGUUCCUCGAGUCCGUGUCGAAAUUAAAUGGAGGUGCGCUUCGAUUGAGCAUUUCUUCUCUUUGGGGUUAUGUUAGAUGUGAAUCAACGUUUCUCGCAGAUCUCUGGAUGCAGCGGAUGCUCCCGACUCCUCUGGGCCGGUUUUCACGAAAGCGGGCACUUCGUAUUUCGUUGCUUUCCCCUCUCGACUCUCUCGAGACGCCAGUUCUCACGGAGUCGUCACGCCACUUCGUGGCUAACCGUAGAUUUCUCUUCGUCAAGGCCUCUCUCUCUCUUUCUCCCGUGCUCAUUUUCGUUCACCUCCGCGGAGCCACCUUGAAGAGGCUCCCCGUCUCUCUUCGCCUCCGUCGAGAGCAGUUCUCAUGAAAGUUCGUCAAACGCGAGCGGUGCGCCUUUCCUAGGAGUCGGCCAUCGCGCUUUUACGACCUCUCAAUAAAAUUCCACCGUGGAUAAUUUAUCGCUACGCCUGAUUUAUCGCCCCGCGAUGCACCGGCUAACCUCUCUUCCGAUUCUUUUUUUUUUCCUUUUCUUCUUUUCCCUCCCAUUUUUUCGACAUUCUCGCCGUGCUUUCCGCGCGGAAUGCGGGAAAGAAGCCGCCUCUUCUGGGGCCGCCAUCUUGGUACCAAGGAGGGUAAACGAGGAAUGUCCUUUUCCACCUUUCCUCUUAAUCAACGUUCCUCACUCGCGUCAUUACCUCUUACUCAAUGCGUGGCCUCGUGAGAACGAGACUGGUAUGUUACACUUUCUUCGUCCGUUGCCCUCAAUUAUCUCGCGAAAUGAGAAAGAAAUCAUCCUCCGGUUUCCUAAUGGCGAUCCUGGACCGGCGUCCAUCUCGAACGGCGUCGCUUAUUCAAAUUGUUCGAUCAUUCAAAUUAACGUAUUCCCGCGCCUCCAUUCCCUCGUAAUCGGCAUUUUAAUACCUCUUCGCAACGUAAAUCGAAAAAGCCGGAGCUUUUCGACGCUCCUUCGAUAUUUUAGUUCCGCGUCUCCGUUAUCGCUGUUACCGUUUCCGAUCAUUUUCAUUGGUCCCGUGUUUUAUGUUUCUCACUUUUUUUUUCUAUCGUCGAAGUUUCUCCUCCACAGGAUAAACGGUGAAUUAGAGACGGGAUUUCUCGUAAACGUUUCUUGCGGUGGUCCAUCGAGGUCCACUUGGGUCUUCUCGAGGCCACCUCGGGUGGCGUCGGCCGCCAUUUUGGUACCGCGGCAGUUCUGCCUGCGGCCUCUCGCGUUACACAAUGCUCGUGUCUGCGGAAUCGGGGAAAAAGGAACGAAACCGCAACGAAAACGCGGUUUGUGGCCGAGGUGGAGAGAAACCAAGGAGGACCAGUGAGCGUCCUGACCCAAAUUCGACUCGACAUUGUCCAACCACGAGAGAUCGCAGCCUCUUCGUCGACUCCAUUUUGGAGGCGCGUCUCGAGCCACCGUCGGUUAGGAAGAAAAUCGUGAAGAUUUCUAAAAACCUGAAUUGAAUUUACCGGGGCCUUGAAAAAGAAGCUCUUCCGGUGGCCUACAUCGGGUCACGUUCUCCGAUACCGCGCGUCGGGCGGCCAUUUUGGUUCCGCGGCGAUACGCCGGCGGCCAUUUUGAAUUGCGCAACGCGCGACGCCGGGGAAGUGUCUCGAGACAAGGCAAAACCGCAAGAAAAAGGUGGUUUGCGGCCAUCCAGGGGGAGGGAAACCGAGGAGGACCGGUGAGCCUCGUUGGUGACCCAAAUCCGACUCGACAAUGCGCGACCUCAGAAGAACGAGGUCUUUUCGCUGCUUUCUUUCUCCCUUUUCGACUCCUCGAUCCGCGGCUUUAUUCGAGGCGUCGAAAAAAAACUCGACCUCGAGUCUUUCCGAAGAAGGGAUGAAUUUUAAGGGGCACUUUAAACGGAAACCAAGCCUCUCCAAAAUGGCGGGCGAUGCGAGAUGCAUUAACAAUGUAAAUUCGGAUCUUAGAAAGGGUAUUAUUUUUCAUCGGCUUAUUUUUCUACAUUUAUGUAUAGGUUAUGUCCAUCGAGGCGAUGCACUGUCCAUCAUGCGAGUCUCUUUCCCUCGACUCGGGGGAAAAAGGAAAUGCGUGAAGAAAAUUGCGUGAAAAGGAAAAAAAAAUAAUAAUCCAGGUCUGAACAACGGUAACAUGCCCAGGAAAGCGGGAGGGAGAAUUAGGGAACGUUAUCGCCGGUGCAAGGUAUCGUUAUCGCGUUGGUUCUCUGCUUUGAAGAUGAUCCACGGUGAGGUGGUUUAUUUGUAUAAACAAUACGCGUACUACGCAUCGUACACGAGAAAACGAUCUUUCAUGGUUUCGCUGAUUUUUAUACACGAAUAAAAAGAAAAAGAACAGACGUCACAUUGUUCUGCCAUGUCCUAGAAAGGAGAUAAAUCGACUCGUUCAAGGAAACUAGUUCGAGUAUUAAAUAAGCGAUUUUAUUCCCUGACGGGUUAACCUCACUUUCCGCCAGAUAAAGCAUGCAUGUAUAUAAAAUUGGGAAAGAAACGGGGAAUAAGGUUGUUUAUUUAAUAAAAAUCCCGAGUGCAUUCUAGGGGGAGUUGGGUAAAAAUUUGAGAUGGGAGACGAGGACCAGGUCGCGCGUCGUAUCGCUCGGUAUGGUGCAAUAAGAAGAGUAAUUUAAGCGUAACUCCUCAGUUCCUAAAUUGCGAGGUGGAGAGGAAGAGAGCCCCGAGGUUCUAGGAGAGGCACGGGUGGGCGAGGGUGUAGGGAAACGGGGAAGAGCGGCGCGGAGGGCGUUUUAUGCGAGUCGUAGAAAAUCACUAGAAGUUACUAGGUCCGGCCGAGCUGCGAGGAUCGAUUUCGGAGCACUGUAAAUACGAGCAAGGGACGAAUCCCCCGUCCCGUGCGACAACCACCAACCCCUCUCCUAACGAGUUAGCCAUUAAGUGGAUCUGUGUAAAAUAUUAAUAUUGUGAUAAGAGAUGACGUGUAAAGACAAAGAAUCCAGGAGAAUCGUCUAUUAGCGAACCGUACGCGGCGGAAUCCCCCAGCCCCGAUUUAUGCGACUCUACCGAGAUACCCUUGUACGAAUAUAGAUACCUAUGGAGAAACUAAAAUACCUUAAUUACAAUUACUAUUGUAUAAAAUAUGAAUAAUAACUAAUUAAUUCAAUUUAACA